AUGGACCUAUUCGGACACCCGUCGCAAUGUCCCUCCUCGCUUUCUCUUGACGAUCAGUUCAGACCGUUGGAGUCAUCGAAUCAGUACGAUCAGGACCCGCACCAACAAGCAAACCGAGAUCUUUUCUAUCGCGAUUAUCAAGACCCGUACCAGCAACCAGACCCUUACCUUGACCCGCUUUUAAUACCUCAGCCGCCAGAAGGACCGGCCCUUUCAACCCAAAACGGUGGAAUUUCAAGCUAUCGUGGUGUACCUGCGCAGCAACAGCAACCCCCACCAAGUCCACACAAUCAGACCUCCUCGACAAACUCUGCAGAAACCCCAGCAACCAACCAAUCCAACUCGGCAGGCACCCCCCUACCGACUAACCGCUCCAUCCCAGAUGCUACCCAAAAUCAGCCCUCUCAAUCAGACCCCAAACUUACAAAACCAAAGCCCCCGCCCCGCUCAAAGACCCCAGCACACCUAGUCGAAAACGCGAAGCGCAUGGAGAUCGACCAGCUUAUAAGUCUUGCUGUCAAGCAUGCGCAAUAUGUUCGACUCACUGCUGAAGACAAGGUUGAGCUCAACUCUGCGUACAAGGAGUACCAACGCAAGCUGUACACCAUAGCCUACAAGAAUAAGCUUGCGAUCGGACCGUGCUUAAGAUAUGUUGGCGAGAGGGCAAAUCCCAGAGGAUCGACUUGUUAUAACAGUUUCUGCAGGUACGAUCCGGUUGCUAGCAAGGUUUUUACCGAUUACACUUGGGAUAAGUGGAAGGACCCCGAAUAUGUGGGAUCCAUUUCGGUCGCACCUGAUUUGACCAACGAAGGUGACGAAAACGAACACAACCCCCCAGGCACACACAAGAAACGCAAAGCGGCUAGUUUUGAUUCCGAUCAUUGGGCUCGCAAGGUUGUUGCUGAUUUGAGACAGCUGAGCCGAAUGUGCGGCACCGAAGGUUUUCUUGUUAUUGGAUCGCGAGACAAAGACUCCACGCUGAAGUUUAGCGGCGGAAGUCAUCUAGGCGAACACUUCCUGGAUAUGUACUCGACCAAUGAUGAUCCCGUCACAAACUUCAUUGAUUUCCUCAGAGGCCAGACUGUCAUCAAGAAGCUAACCGGAAAAGAACCGCCGCCUGUUGUAAAAAAGCAGCAAUCCCGCAAACCAAAGCCGAGGAAUAUCUUCACCAAUCACGAUAAGGGCCAAAAAAAAGUCAACAUUGACUUCAUAAGAGCAAAAUUGAACGACGCUAUUGAAAAAGCCACUCACGGCAAGUGGAUGCGUGGAUGGCCUGGUACUCGCACUCAAGAAGGUCUUGCACGACUCCAAGUCAGCUUGCGAGUCAAAGAUAACGAUCUCGGUGUUACUUUGCAGCACUUCUGCAAGCGACCCGGAGACAUGGGAGAUAAACAUGCUCAACUGGUUGUUGCGGCAUUAGAGGAAGAUUGGGUCGAACUGAUUGGUCCACCUGCCCCCGACAACACCGGUCUGGGAGGUAGUGAUGGAGAAGCUCUCAAGGAGAACUCAUCACCAACAAUAGUUUCCGUAGGUCAAUGCAGCGGAGUCCUUAGGCCAAUACCAAAGUCGAAAGGGAAAAAACAAUCAACCCAGCCUAAUAAAAAACGCAAGCUUCAUUCUGUAUACAACUCAGAUGACAGUCGUGAGGAGGACAACGAGGAGGAAGAUGAGGAUGAUGAGGAUGAGGAUAUGGAAUAA